AUGGUGAUUUUCCUUAUCUUCUCAUUUUAUGAUCCCAUUUGGGUACUCGAGAUCAUCCUGCAGCGCCGCCUCACUGGCGACAUCGAGCACGCUGGCGCUCUAAUCCAGAAGCAGAAGGCGGUGACAGCGGAACUGCCACCCCCCGACAGGCGCAAGUUCGACAGUGUCACUCGGACGUGGGCCCGUACCUCUGCUUUGCCAUUUCAUUAUGUUGGACUUGCCGACGUCCGACGUGCCGACGAGCCCGGGGAAGUAGUUGCGCAUGGGGUUGGAAAAGGUGACGUUCUUCAGAGUCACCUCCGCGCCCCCUCGGCGCUGGUUUUCCUCUGGGGCGGCGGCAAGCUUUGCUUUAACUGUGUCUCAAUUCCAGCGCCGGCCUUUGUCUCGGUGUCAUGGGUCGAACCCAUUUCGACAACGUCCGUGCCAUGGGAAGAGGGCCAGGCGGGUGCUCGAAAACUCGGGAGCAAGCGAGAACAUGCUGCCACAGAGCUGAGCAUUCACCAGCAUGGCGACGAGGUUGACGAGGGAGGCAGUCCAGGUUUACAGCAUCACCUAGGCGGUGAUGCCGAAGCCCGCUUGGGCGAGGAAGUUGGCAAAGAGCUCAACAGCGGCAAGCAUAGAUCCGAAAACAGACGACCCAUCUCUAAGAUGCGGUCGACAGUUGUCUGGCGGGCGAUUGAGCUCGCUCACAGUGAAACCAAGCAGGACAUCGGCGGUCAAAAAGGUGGCGCGGACGAAGACGAACUAAAUAAUGGCGGGGACAAACCCGCGCUUCGGGGUAUCCGGCUGGCUGUCCUUAGAUUCUCCAUUCUCGGCAUCCUCCUCCUCCUAUUUGGGCUUGGCGAGAUAUUCAAAAGCCGCCGUGGCCUCAUCGAGGACGGUAGUGUUGGAGAAAGACCAGGACUACAGAGACGUCUAGGCAAGAAUGCCAGCGAGUCUAGGCUGGUUCAUAAGGCAACAACAAAGUCAGAUUUAGACACACCAGAUAGCGAGGAAGAAGCCGAGGAUGGUGAUAAUGUUGCCAAACUUUUCCGACUUGUUGCCCUGGACAGCAGUGAUAUCGCCAUGGAGACGAUUCAAGACCUGGCUUGA